GUGGACGCUCGUUAGUAAGAUUUAUUUAUUAUGCUGUGAUUGCAGCUCCAUGCCACUCCGUGUAGUCACACUGAAGCGGGUGGCGGUUCAGGUGUGAAGCUGGUGUGUGUGUGGCUCCCUGUCGAGAUGUCUUCGGCCGAGCAGGACGGGAGUCAGUUCAAUAAGUUUGAGAAACUGUCGUGGAGGCCCUCCAUCCGCGACUCAGGUCUGUAAACAAACCUUCUGCAACAACGAGCAGCAUGUUGUAGACAGCAAAGCAAAUGGAAAAUUAAAUUGUAAUCCAAGCUCCAAGAAGCGGGCACGGUGGCUUCAGGCUCGGCGCAUCUUCUCCCCUUCUUGCCCCAACCUUCGGAUCCCCAACAGGUUUCUGAGAGAAGGACUCUGUGUACCCCCCGCCCGCAGCGGACACCGCUGUGUUGCAGACAGCACCAACCUGUAUGUGUUUGGAGGCUACAACCCUGACUUUGAGGAGGCAGGGGGGUCCAAUAAUGAGGACUACCCUCUCUUCAGGGAGCUUUGGAAGUUUCAUUUUGCUACGGCCACCUGGCAGCAGAUACGCACAGAGGGUUACAUGCCCACAGAGCUGGCUUCUAUGUCAGGUUGCGGUAAUGCACCAAAAAAACAACAGGGAAUGAAAUCGGUGCCUACCACAUGCCAAACACAGGCUGCAACUGAAAGCUUCAGGAAAUGUGAAAUGAUCACUGUUUUACACGGCAACAACCUGCUUGUGUUUGGUGGCACUGGGAUUCCAUUUGGGGAAAACAACGGCAACGAGGUCCAUGUUUGCAAUGUUCAGUACAAACGGUGGAACCUCCUCACCUGCAAAGGGAAGAAACCCAACAAGAUCUACGGACAGGCGAUGGUCAUCAUAAAUGGGUACCUCUAUGUGUUUGGCGGGACAACAGGCUACCUUUACAGCACUGACCUGCACCGGCUGGACUUGAGCACCAGAGAGUGGACCCACCUCAAACCCAACAACACACCCUCAGAUCUUCCUGAGGAGAGGUACAGACAUGAACUAGCUCAUGAUAGACAGAGAAUAUACAUUUUAGGAGGUGGGACUUCCUGGACGUCAUAUCCCAUGGACAAGAUUCACGCAUAUAACUUGGAGACAAAUUACUGGGAGGAAAUUGUCACCAAACAGCAUGGACAAAUAGGAUAUCCUGCUGCCCGUCGUUGUCACAGCUGUGUGCAGGUCAAAGAUGCUCUGUUUCUACUUCCAGAGGUGUUUAUAUGUGGGGGUUAUAAUGGAGAGCUGAUCCUAUCUGACCUGUGGAAGAUCAACCUGCAGACAUUCCAGUGGACCAAGCUGCUGGCCACCAUGCCAGAACCAGCCUACUUUCACUGCGCUGCCGUCACUCCGGCUGGCUGCAUGUACGUCCAUGGCGGCGUCGUCAACAUGUUUGGGAACCGAAGGUCUGGCUCUUUGUACAAAGUGUGGUUGGUGGUGCCCAGCCUGCUGGAACUGACCUGGGAGAAACUGCUGAAAACGUUCCCUCACUUGGCCCAGCUGUCGAGCCUUCAGCUGCUCGGCUUGGGACUGACGCACACACUCAUCCAGCGGCUCAAAUAGACGGAGCAACUGAAGCGGUAUGUGACGGAGCAGCACUGACUCUAAAAACACUGAAGGCAAAAAACGCUUUUUUAAAGGACCAAGAGAGGCUGAUGUCAGAGGACUAUGGAAAACAUUUAAUGCCUUUUUAACUUAAGUUUUAUGUAAAUGUGAGUUUUUUUUUUUUCUUCUGUUUUUAGGCAAAAUGUAAUGUUUGGAUAUUUUGGUGUCAGACUUUGUUCUGCGUGUAUCUGACACCAUGGAUAAGCAUGGUCACCAGAAUCACUCCUUCUUUUGCUUAGCUCUUAUCAUUUCGGAUACACUAUCUAGUGCAUUCCCCAGUUUUCUGUGUUUUUACCACAUUGCUGUUAAAGUAGGAACAUUGAAAUGAUCCAAAGACCUUCUUAAAAGGGUAAAUUAAUUUGCCUGCGUUGAUGUCAUUUUAGAUCAAAGUCAGACUGAUCAGCUUGUGUCACUGUUGCUGAAGUCAUAAGUCAGCUGGUGCUACACCCUGUCACAUAGGUAAGACUGUAACAGUGCUGAUAUCAAAUUACAUUUGUUAGUAAUCAGUCAGAUUAUUUUUAAAAGAGAGGACACUUUAUGACUGGUAUACUUAAAAGUCUAAUUAGGUCAAUUAUUAAAGGCAUUAUGUUUUAGCCUCAAAGGCCUUCCAAUUAAAAGCUGUGAUUGUUACUGUACUGAACAGAUUAAAAAAUGUUCCUGUCACAUUAGGCCCUAGGAUCAGAUAACUCAAAAGCCUUUUUAACUCAUCAUGGCAUCACUGUGAAUCUUAGUGCCUCUUCCAUUGUUCUUCCUCUUAAAGGAAAAAGCUUAAUUAAUAAGUUGGAAAUUAAGGAAUUCACUUGUAGAGCCGCAGUGAUUCUCAUGCACUUUUCAGUUCUACAUUUGGUGCCUUCUGCAUUGUUACACCGUUUUAACACUUGUAAAUGUGUGUGUAGUAAGAUCUUAAUUUGUUCUGAAUUGUGCACACAGUGUUCUCCAAAUGAGCCUUUUGUUGCUGAAUCCUUCUGCUCAUGGAGAUGCAGUCAAAGUUUAAUCUAUUUAUUUGAGCCGCUGUUUUGUAGCAGAACAUGUAGCUACAUUUCCGUUUUAAUUCAUUCUCGUUUCACUGCCCCUUGAUGCCUAAACUCUAUUUAAACGCUUUUAUACUUACACAUAGGCUGCAUUUUUAUUUUGGUGUUGUUUUUCCAGAGAACGUGCUAUGGUACCUUUUCUAAAAAGAACAAGGCAGGGUAAGAGGCGUACUCAGGAUGUGGCAUGCUUUGAUCAAAAUGUCAACAGAAGCUAGUCUCAUCUAUAACUAUCAUAAUGCCCAUUUUCAUUUCAAAUAUCCACCUUAAUUUUGUUAUUUUUGCCUUAUUUAAAUCUUCUUAUGAAGCAACAGCUUAACUACAUUCUCCGACUUGUAAAAUGGACUGCCUAUAUUGGCAUCAUUUUUGAUGUUCAAAGAAAGUCAAAUUAUCUCCUUUGCAUGUUGGUAUGGUGUGCAUGUCACUUUACAUAAAUUCUCAGGAGAAAAGGUGAAUGUCUUCUCAAAAGCAACUAUGGCUGUAAUGUACAUAUGUUUCAGGUCCUGUCUGUACAAACAAUAAAAACACAGGCAGACAGUUUUUCAAAAUGUUGUAUUGACAAGAGUUAUUAUUAUAGCUUAGCACAGCCAGCCAUGACACUCUUUCCAAAUAUAGGGUACCAGUGUUUUAUCUAAAAUAUCUUUCACAUUUUGGAGUUAGUCUAAAAAAACAUACCAGUACCUUUUUUUUUUUUUUUAAACAAAAAGGUUUAGUGCAGAUACUUUAUAUACUAUUCAGUUGUAUUUGAUCAAAAAACAAAACCUACAGAUGUUCUCUUCAGUUUACAAAGACCGAGUUUAAGGAGACAUUGUUAAAUGUUAUCUUACAAACGCUGCAUUUUACAGUAGUAUAGAUGUGCAACUUACCUGACAUUAAAAGGCUCAUUCAUUUGCAUGGUUUUACGGACUUUUAAAUAAUUACUACAAACCUGUCAGAAUUUACAUUGAAUGUAGUCAGAAAGGGAGGGGUUUUACAUUUCACAUAAGGUCCAACUCGAAACCGCCCCACUCCCACUCUGUGACGGAGUGGGUAGAUGGCGUAGUCUCAUUCACGGCUAAACUAGGUUCCCUUCUUUCAGGUGGAGGGUGUAAAUACAGUGGCAUCUCUCCUCUCCCCAGGAGUAACAGGAAAUGCCGUAACAUUGCAUAAUUGUUUCAAAUCAGGAUCUCUUAGAUAAUAAAACUACUUUUGUUUGAAAAUGUGAUAUUCAUAAGCUGCUUAGUUUUUGUAACUGUGUGUGUAUAUAUAUAUAUAUUCAAAACGUUACAAUAAAAUUUAUGAAGUGAAUGCGCAAACUGGGAGGAAGUGUCUAGUUGAAGGGGGCAGUUUGGAAUUGGGCCUAAUGACUUUCAGACUUUAAAAAGUAACUUGGGCUGAAAGUCCCACGGUCAGCAGCCUGUUGGAGAUGGAGCGAAGAAAUACAUAGCCAGCAGUAUGAGGUAGACGACCACCAGAGCUGUGCCUGAGGGGACAGAAAGUAACAUGUCAUAGGGUUAAACAUGAUGUGAUCCCCAAUGUGUUAAGAUUACAGUCAAUCAAUCCACCAUACUGAAUUGGCAUGCAAAAAAUUAACUAUACUAUAGGUCUGAAUAUCUUUGGCUAUAUAAAACUCCUUGACCUAUAUAAUCAAAUCUCUUCAAGUAAAUCAGCAAAGUUAUCGACAUAAAGGACUUAACUCGGCUCUUAGUCUCUUUGGUGCAUUCAAGGUUGCAGCUAUUGAUGUUUUUGUAAUGCAAUAAAUAAACACAUUCACAACCUUG